AUGACAGCUGCUUUUGUUCCAAAAGAACACGAGGAAGCCUUCAAGAAAUAUGCAGAUAGUCUUCGAAAGCUUUACUUGAGUGUUGGAUUCUUCCAGAAACUCUUUGCAACGGGUGGAAAGCCUCAAGGAACAGCUAUUGUGCAAAUUCACAAUUUCAAAUAUGAAGGCAAGGAGAAUUUCGGUGCUCGGGCUCGAGCCAGUGAUGGGCUUUUCAUUUAUUCAUGUCUCUUCUUUCAUGAGAGCCUUGUCGAUAAGCUGAAAAAGGACGGAUUUCCACAAGGAUUGAUGCCAGAUGGAAAUUAUCCGGUUAUCGCUUUGAAUAAAUAUCAUUUUUCGUCGGAUAUAGCGGCGGUUGGAGGCACCAAGACCCCGAUUGUCAUCGAGGAUUACGAGUACAUCACCACUUGCGGCAAAAUCGACAAUGCACUUCCUCUGCCAACAAGCCUCAAUGAUAUUCGCGAUUACGAUAAUUAUGAGGCAAAACAAAUUCUUGUGCCAGUGACUGUCGAUGAAGGAAUUCCCACUCUUCCUCCAGUGAAACGCCCACCUGUUCCACCACCACAGCCACGCAACGUCGGACUUCCCGGAAACGUUCCAAUUGCUUCGAUCACUCCAUAUUUAUCCAAGUUCCGUAUUUUGGGCUUGUGCACAAGCAAGGAAGACAUUCGUACAAUUCAAAGCCAGGCUCGCGGGGCUUUGAAGGUUUUAAACUUUGAUGUAACGGAUGAUCGCGGUGACUCGAUUCGUGUUGUUGCUUUUGGUGAAUUGGCUGACAAAAUGAAUGCACAGAUUCAAGAGAAUUGCUCGUAUUACUUAUCGAAUUGCUCGGUGCGUCAAGCGAACAAGCGCUUCAACUCAACUGGACAUGAUUAUGAGCUCUCACUCCGAACCGCUGAAGAUGUAAUUCCUUGCCUCGAUCAUCAAAUUGAUAAGCCUCCUUUCCAACUUCGUCGUGUCAUGCUCAACAAUGUCGCUCAACAUAAAGGCGAUGGAUUGAUUGAUGUUCUAGCUGUGGUGGAUAAUGUUGGCUCGGUUAACCAGUUCACUGCUCGCAAUGGAAACGAAGUUGUGAAGAGAGACGUGACGUUAAUUGACGAAUCGGGCACUCAAGUGGCAAUGACCCUUUGGGCACAACAUGCAAAAGAUUUUGAUGAUGAAGGCACUGGUCAUACCAUCGGUAUCAAAGGAGCCCUUGUAAGAGAAUUCAAUGGUAUGUACUCAAUCACAGCUGGUGCUCGCUUUGAAAUGGACCCCAUGGUGCCUGGAUGCAAAGAACUGUUGACCUGGUACAUGACCAACAGAGAAUCGAUCACACCUGUUUCGAUUUCAAUGGGCGGUGGUGAUCGUUCGUCGGCAGCUAGUUUGGAGCGUGAUUUCACAUUCCUUGAUGUUGCAAUUGGAGGCGAUUAUGGAAAGGGUGAAGAAAAGGGUCAUUACUUUACCAUCAAGGGCUUUUUCAAUGGAAUGAAAAUGGAAAAUGCUCUCUAUCAGGCUUGCGCUACGGAGGGAUGCCAGAAAAAAGUUAUUAUUGAGCAGAACGCUUUCAGGUGCGAGAAAUGCAACAAAACCAUGGACAAUUUCAAAUGGAAUAUCAUUCUGCAGGCUGAGCUGAUAGACUACACGGGUAUCGUUUGGACCUCUCUUUUCUCGAAGGCUUGUGAACAAUUGCUUGGAAUGACGGCUCAACAACUUGGAGAGCUUCGAGAUUCGAAUCAAAGCGCUUAUGAAGAAGUGUUCCAACGGGCCAAAUUUACUCCAUAUCUUGUACGCGUUCGUGCCAAGUCUGAGUUCUACAAUGAAGAAGAGCGCAUCAAGUACCAAGUCUUUUCGGUUGACCCCAUCGACUAUGAUCAUCUUUUGCCAAUGCUUGCCCGAACAGUUGAUGCUGCCGAGAAGUUCCAUGGUGGUGCAAAGGUCGAAGCCGAUGAUGAUAUGAAUUUC